CAUUAUGCUGUGGGCAUCUUUUUCGUCUUGUCUGGCUAUGUGCUGUCAGCUAAACCCUUGAUGCAUAUCCAUGCUGGAGAUUUUGUUCUGCUUGGAGACAACUUGGGCUCAGCACUCUUUAGACGAUGGUUCAGACUCUAUCUUCCCAUCAUUGUCACGACGCUUGGGAUAGUGCUUCUGUGGCAUGUUUUUGGUAUCUCUGCAAAUCUGCAUCCACAGAGAACCUUAGGCGCGGAGCUUUGGGUGUGGUAUAAUGAGUUCAAGAGUUUUACCUGGAUCCUCAACUCGAGUCCGCCAGUCUGGUUCACGUACAAUCCGCAUACCUGGACCAUUCCUCUCGAAUUUAAGGGAUCUCUUGUCGUUUACGUGACUUUAACAGCAUUGUCACGAUGCACACGUGCAGCUAGACUAUGCUGCGAGAUCGCGCUGAUCUUCUACUUCAUUUGGAUCGUUGAUGGCCUGUAUUUUGCUCUCUUUGCUGGCGGCCUCUUACUUUGCGAUCUCGACCUCUUAGCGGCCAAAGACGAGCUUCCUACUUGGAUGACUCGCCAUUUAAAACCCCACUACUCGAUAAUCUUCUAUGUUUUGUUCAUCACCAGUCUCUACCUCGGCGGCGUUCCUUCCUACUCUAGAGAACUUGCAGACUUGCGCUCCUCACCUGGCUGGCAAAUUCUCUCAUACCUCAAGCCCGAUGCCGCGUUCGAUUACAAAUGGUUCUACCAAUUCUGGGCCGCCGUCUUCCUUGUCGCCAGUGUCCCUCGCAUCUCCUGGCUCAAGAAUUUUUUCGAAACCCGCUUCUGCCAGUAUCUAGGCAGGAUAAGCUACAUGUUCUAUCUCGUCCACGGGCCCAUCAUGUCAACUUUGGGAGACCGCCUUUACGCUGCCGUUGGCAUGCAGCGCACUAAUCAUGCCAUUGUCGUUCCUCACUGGAUCGGCCGGUUUCCCAUCCCGUCUAUCGGCCCGCUAGGUCUGGAAUUGAAUUUCUUGCUGCCUCAUCUUAUUUUACUGCCGUUUACGCUGUGGAUUGGCGAGGUCUUGACGGUUUUGGUUGAUGAUCCUUGCGUGAGGUUGGCAGCGUGGUUGCGGAAAUUGACUAUGCCUGCAGCGGUGACCGAGGGACCGAUCUUACAGCAAUUCGAAGUUCGUGAUGAUGCUGUUGUCAUCAGUGAGGAUUGAGAAUCGUGGAAGUCAUAGCUAGAUUGGAGUAACUCUGUAAACACUUUGUUCUUAUUUUCACCUCUCCAGCUCCGUUUGUUUUUUU